AUGACUGGAACGCAGAGCCGCAUAGCAGAGCUGGCAGCCCAAGUAGCACAACAUACCCAGCGUAUCGACGAUUACCUCAACCAGAACGGUUUACCACAUCCUUCGUUCCAUGCUGAGAGCCCCUCGGAUCUGGGACUGCAGCCUGACAUUGAGCAUUCACGUACCGUUGUUCUUCGCGCCAGCCAAGAGCUAAACGACCUCCUACAGCAUCCUCGAGACUUGCUGUUCAACCACCACGUCCGUAUCUGCACCAUCCGUCACAAUGUUCUGGUAUAUCUUCAGCUCAUCUCUCGGUUCGAUAUUGCAUCCAAGGUACCGGUGGAUGGGGAGAUUACUUUUAACCGCCUGGCAACUGUCAUUGGCAUGGACGAAGGAGCCAUAGCCCGGAUCCUUCGCCUCGGCAUUGCAUAUCGCAUCUUCAAAGAGCCUAGGUACGGCGUCAUAGCCCAUUCUGCAGCGUCAAGACAGAUCGCGGACGAUGCCUGCGUAGCAGACUGGAUUGGCGCGUCAGUGGACGAUAUGUGGCCUGCAGCCCAUAAAGUGGUCGACGCGCUCACAAAAUGGCCUCAGGCAGCGGAGCCUACUGAAACAGGAUUCGCGCUCGCCAAUGAUACCAACUUGCCGCUUCAUGCCGUGUUAGCGCAGAACCCGCAGCGCGCACGUCGUUUUGGUGGCGCCAUGAGCUUCUUUACCAAGGGCGACGGCUUAUCAUUAUGUCACUUGACGGACGGAUAUCCCUGGGCUGCAACGCCAUCUGGUACGGUGGUCGACCUCGGUGGCUCUCACGGCGACGCAGCGUUUGCACUAGCGCGGAAGUACCCUGACCUUCACUUCAUUGUGCAAGAUCUGCCUGGAGUGGUUGCGAAUGCGAGAUUAUUGGAAGGCCUGAAUGUGGAGUUCAUGGCUCACGACUUCUUCGAUGAGCAGCCAGUAAAAGGUGCUGAGGUCUAUUACUACCGACACACAUUGCACAAUUGGCCAGACAAAUAUUGCACUAAGACGUUAAAGGCGUUGAUACCGGCACUGAAGACAGGCGCCAGGCUGCUGAUCAUGGAUAUGCUGAUGCCUCCGCCUGGCGCGCUUCCCAAUGAUCUUGAUCGUAAGCUAAGGUACGUGUAUGCAGCUCUUCACGCCAGCGUACUUCUCACCAAGGACUCACAGGGCCAUGGAUCUAACUAUGUUGGAAAUUGGAAAUGCCAAAGAGCGCGAUCUGAAUGA